AUGUUAUUGGGUGCCAAAAAAAAACUGCCAAAAAAGGACUUGUGGUUAAACCAAUGCAAUAUGCAAUCCCAUCCGGAUAGAGAAAACAAAUUUAUUAUGGUGAAUCAGGACCACUUAACUAAGUUUGUUCAAAUACCUCCAUUAACGUCGAAAAGGGCUGAGGAACUAGCUAAGAGCCUGGUAGACAUAUUUUGUAUUUUCGGCGCCCCAUCUAUAUUACAAUCGAACAACGGCCAGGAGUUGGCCAACCAUGUCAUUGAAGAGUUAUGUACGAUGUGGAGUGGCCUUAAAAUAGUCCAUGGGAAACCACGUCACAGUCAGUCACAAGGCAGCGUGGAAAGAGCAAAUCAGGAUAUACAGAACAUGCUUAUGACGUGGAUGGACGAUAAAAACUGCACGCGAUGGUCAGAAGGUCUAAGAUUUGUUCAGUUAAUGAAAAAUAGGGCAUACCAUGAUGGGAUAAAACAAGCUCCUUAUGCCGCCAUGUUUGGGCAUGAUAUUAAAGUCGGCCUAUCUACACCAGCUUUUCCAAGAGAAGCUAUUGAAAAUCUACGAACCGAAGAAGAACUCGAGAAAGUGGUAAGGGAAUUUGGUUUAGGUGAACAGCCUCAACAAGAAAUAUAG